AUGUCUCGCCUCCGCAAAAUCAGCCCCUCCAUCCCCGAAAUCGCAAACGCAAUUAUCGCUCCGCGGUCGAAUAUUUCAACCUGCACAAAUCUCAUAUCACGUACCCUACUCCAUCUGCCAAUCUCGUCAUUACUCCCAAUCCGUCCCCAGCAAACCUUCCCCUCCCAUCAAACCAACCUCCGUGCGAACAUCUUCUCCCUCUUCGCGUUCCCAUUCACAUCCUCCCGCGACUCACGAUCGUGGUCCGCCUUCUUCGGAAACUACACAGACGGAUUUUUCGGUGCUAGAUGUAUUAGGGAAUACGCCGAUGCCGAGUACGAGUAUUGA